CAGGAAACCCAGCGACAAAGCAGCGACUAUGCAACCCAAAAUGAAAGUGGGUGAAAGGUGUUUAUCUUGAGGAUGUCUCUUGACCUGCUCGUGAGAGAGGACACACAAUGUUCACUGUGCUUGUGUUAUUGCUUUGUGCAGCCUCAUCUGUUUCUGCCAAAGGUGCUGCUGCUGCUGGACCCCGACUGAACAACGACCAGCUGUACAAAUUCAGCUACACCACUGAGGUGCUGGUGGACAGAGUCAGGGGGUCAAAAGAGGGCAGCGCUGGCUACAGAAUCUCAAGCGAUGUGAACGUCAAUCUGAUGUGGAGAGAUCCAGGGAACGAUGAUGAUCAACUCAUUCAACUGGCUCUAACAAAUUUGAGGAUUGAGCCUGCGUCCCGUCGAUCACAGAAGAAGAACGUGCUCCAUGGAUCCACAACAGAAAGUGUUUUGGGGGUGACCAAACUAGCAGCUUUGACAAAACCUUUCUUAUUGCACCUGAAAAAUGGAAAGACAAAAGCAUUUUACUCCUACCGGGCCGAACCUGCAACCAUCAAGAACCUGAAAAGAGGGCUGGCUAGCUUAUUUCAACUACAGUUCAACACUGGGAAGGUUAUAGAGAAUGACGUGUCAGGACGAUGCAUGGUCCAGUACAAGGCAGUCGCAGGUCAAGUGACGAGAACCAAGAUCCUGGAGACAUGCAAGACACCAGAGACGGGAUUCACCACACACAGUCAGGUCCUGGGUGUGAGCAGGAAGUCAAGUUCUGUUACAACAUUCACACUUGAAGAUGGUUUUAUCCGCACAGCCUCUGCUGAAGAAGCACACUCACUAGCUGUAAAUACCCGCAGAUCUGCUGCAGCUAAAGUCAUUUCAAGGCAAACCCUCUCAUUGGUGGGCAUUGAGGCUGGACCGCUGGAGGUUGCAGGAAAAGAUGUGGCUGGUGUUGUCCAGUCGAUUGAUCUCAAACUGGCAGCUCUUGGUAUCAUUGCUGAGAAGGUCAAAUCACAGUGCAAGGGGUGUCCAACACUUCUUGAACAUUGGCAGGCUCUACAGAAGCAGCUGGAGCCAGCGAGCCUGUCCAAAGGCACGGCUCCUCGCAGCUUCCUGGCCCUCAUCCAGAGCAUUAGGAAGGCGUCCAAAGACGAGAUCCUCAAAGUGCUGAAGAGUGCCAGCAAAACCACUCUACCUCAGGCGGUGGAUGCGGUGACCUCCUCCCAGACUGUUGCAUCUAUGGAUGCCAUGCUUGAGUUCCUCAACUUCACUGAUGCCAAAGGUUUGGUCCUGCAGGAGAGAUUUCUCUACGCAUGUGGCUUUGCUUCACAUCCCAAUGAAAGGAUGCUUCAGGCUCUGACUGAUAUUUCAAAGGGGAAGAUUGGCAGCACUGACAUCAAAGAGUCAGUGGUGAUCAUCAUGGGAGCCUUGGUUUAUAAGCUGUGUCAGAAAGGAGGAUGCAACCUGCCGGUAGUGGAGCAGGUGAAGAAGCUGAUUUUAGAAGGUCCUGAAAGCACCCAGGUUGAGUCUGAGGUCCAGAUGUAUCUCUUGGCUCUGAAGAACUCAAUGCUUCUUGAAGCCAUUCCCAUCUUCACCAAAUACGCUGAGUCAGAGGUUGGAGCUUAUAGCACCAUCGCUCUCACUUCCCUGCAGAGAUAUGACGUCAAUCUCAUGACAGAGGAGGUUAAACAAACAGUAAACAGAGUUUACCACCAAAACCGCAGGAUCUAUGAGAAAAAUGUGAGAGCUGCUGCUGCUGAUGUCAUCCUCAGUAGCAACCCCUCAUACAUGGAGGUCAAGAAUCUGCUUCUGUCUAUCGGAAACCUGCCUCAUGAAAUGAACAAGUACAUGCUGUCCAAGAUCCAGGACAUCCUCCGCUUCCAGUUAUCUUCCAGCAAAGUUAUAAGACAAGUGAUGAAGGACAUGAUUUCCCAUAACUACGACCGUUUUUCAAAGGUCGGGUCAUCGUCUGCAUACUCAGGAUUCAUGGCUCAGUCUGCUGAUGUAACCUCCACAUACAGUUUGGAUAUCCUGUACUCAGGCUCUGGGAUCCUGAGGAGAAGUAACAUGAAUAUAUAUGGUGCUAGCAAAGACGCAAUGCUACAUGGACUACAGGUUGCCAUUGAGGCUCAGGGUCUGGAGUCGCUGAUUGCUGCCACACCUGAUGAAGGAGAAGAGAACCUGGAGUCCUUUGCCGGGAUGUCUGCUCUUCUUUUCGAUGUCCAGCUUCGGCCCGUCACCUUCUUCAAGGGUUACAGUGACCUCAUGUCCAAAAUGUUCUCCAUGACAGGGGAGCCCAUGAAUGUAGUGAAGGGACUGAUCCUGCUGACUGAUCACUCUGAGGUGAUCCAGCUGCAGUCUGGUCUGAAAGCAGGGGCAGAGUUCCAGGGAGGGUUGGCCAUUGACAUCUCAGGAGGCAUGGAGAUCAGUCUCUGGUACAGGGAGUCCAAGACCAGUGUCAAUAACAGGGGGGCAUUGGUGGUCACUGGUAAUGUGACAGUGGACAUGGACUUUAUGAGAGCGGGUGUGGAGGUCAGCUUUGAAACAGAGGCAUCCCUGGACUUCAUCACCACAGUCCAGUUUUCCGAAUAUCCCUUCCUGGUUUGCAUGCAGAUGGACAAAACCACUUUCCCUGUCAGCGAGUACCUGACCAAGUACGAGAGCGUGUCAUCGGGGAAGAGCGUCGUGUCACAAAAGAGCAAGAAGCAGCUUGUCCCGGGUUCUGAAUUCCCUCUUCACCAGGAGAACUCAAACAUGUGCAAGAAAGUUUUUGACUCCAGCUGGUAGAAGAGACACCAUGAAGUACCCUGGAGCGAGAUGUCAUUUGUACUGGCAUACCAUGUCACUCGUAGAGGAUCUAUUGCAUUCAGGGACAGUUUAUCACACCUCAGCCAGCAGUGAAAAACCCCAAAGAAAGAACAGUGGUGAAACUUCUGUUUUAAACAACACACACAAUGUUUACAUUCCUGUAAGUAUUUAAGUCUUUUUAAUCGGACAGUUUGUUUAUAAUCAGGAAUUUCUGCAUUGUCUUGUUAUUUCCUUGAAAAUGUAUUUAUGCAGGGGAAGUACAGGGUGUGGUAUGUUUUAUUAGCUUGGUAAUACUCAUCAUCUAUACUGUAGUUUUCCAAUUCACUUACAGUAAAGAUGCACAUGUAAAUACCAGACUGGAGACAGUGGAUUAACUUUUCCCACAAAAAGAAACGCUCCUCACUGUCAGCACACCUUUGCUUGUUUUUUAAUUAAAUGUGUUUACUAAGGAGGAGAACUGUAUUGUUUUUAUGUCACUGCAUCACUGUUCAUAUGUUUUAAAUAACUUAUAAAGUGCAGUAAAAUCAAAUUCUUUUAUUUCAUAAUCUGAAUGGUCUUUAUUUGGGAUUUGCAAGAUUUAUGGUUAAAAUCCAGUCCCCAAAAAUGUAUAAAUGAACACUUGAAUUUAUUUUUUGUCCAUGGCUUUAAUUGAAAUGAAGUGGGGGAGAUGUAAGAUUUCUGAGCUACUGAUAAUUUCUGUAUCCAUUCAAAGAGAUCGUUUUGUCAGAUCUAUAACUGGAUGAAAAUAAAUAUACACUGGAAACAC